GCUCUUCCACCUGUAAUAGCUGCCAUUUGCUGUGGCUACUGAGAAGUUGUAUUUUUUACCAAGGUCACUGCAUGAAGGCUGGAUACUGAUGAGAACUGUUAUUCUUACUACAGUCAAUGCAUAAAGGCUGGAUACUGUGCAGUACUGGACUAGUACACAACUUAUAGGGCAAAGGCACACUGCUACAUGGAGAUUGAAAGCAUUGUGGCAAAUACUGCUCUUGUUAGAGCCAGAGAAGGUGGGGGGAACAAAGGAAGGAGCUGGAAAUGGAAAGAGAUGCUUCGCUUUCCCCACAUUAGCCAGUGCAUCGACCUGGCCAUGAAUAUAGAACGAGACUACUAUAGUCUAUGUGUCAAGCAGCCUAUUGGCAAGAAACUGUUUCAGCUCUUCUGUCGGAGUCGGCCUGACCUGCAGAACUACAUUUCCCUCCAGGAUGCUUUGGAUGCCUUUGAGACUAAGUCAGAUGAGACAAGGAAAGAGUUUGGCCAGAGCAUAAUCGAAAAAUUCCUCAUGAGGCAGUCCACUCAGUGUGUGCCCAUUCUACUGAGGCAUGGAGAAAUCUGCAGACAGAGACUAGAGUUCAAUCCCUGUGGUGAUGUCUUCCAUGUUUGCAGCGAAGACCUACACGAUUACCUCAGCGACAAGCCCUUCAUCCAGUACCAGGACAGCAUGUUCUUUGAUCGUUUUCUACAGUGGAAGAAGCUGGAGAGGCAGCCCAUCAACAAACGCACAUUUAGACAGUACAGACUACUGGGAAAAGGAGGGUUUGGAGAGGUGUGGGCAUGUCAGGUGCGUUUCCCAGGAAUGAUGUAUGCAUGCAAAAAGCUGGAGAAAACCCACGUGAAGAGAGGAAAGGCGAGACCAUGGCUCUCAAUGAGAAACAGAUACUGGGAGGAACUGGACAGUCGCUUUGUGAAUCUGGCAUCUACUUACCAGACCAAGCACAGCCUUUGUAUGGUUUUGACCAUGAUGAGCGGCGGGUGGGUAGUUGACCUGAGGUUUCACAUAAAUUACAUGGGAGCACCUGGCCUAGACACCAGGGUACGUUUCUACGCUGCAGAAAUCUGUUGUGGUUUAAUUCACCUCCACCAGAAGUCAAUAUUAUACAGAGAUUUGAAGCCAGAAAACAUUCUCUUGGAUGACCACGGUAUGUUACAGCUACAAUACGCAGGCACAAUCCGCAUCUCUGACCUGGGCUUGGCUGUCAAGCUGUCUGAGGGGAAUCUGAUACGAGGCAGGGUGGGCCACACUGGGCUUAUAUGGGUAUCUCCUGAGGUGAUCGGCCAUGAGCAUUAUGGAAUGAGUGCAGACUGGUGGGGCCUUGGUUGUCUGAUUUAUGAGAUGACUAUAGGUCAGCCCCCAUUCAGGGUCAAAGGAGAGCAUCCUAAACCCUCAGAAAUGGAGAGAAGGAUCCAGAAAGAACAAGUGACAUAUGGUAACCACUUCAGCAAGGAGGCAAAAAGCAUCUGCUCUUUGCUAUUGACCAAGGACCCCACAAAGAGGCUGGGAUGCCAGGAGUCAGGAGGAAACGACCUAAAAUCAUCCUUUCUUUCAGAGAUCAAUUUCCGGAUGCUGGAGGCAGGACUUACUGAGGCUCCUUUUAAACCUGAUCCUAACUGGUUGUACUGCAGUGAUGUACAGGACAUAGAAGAAUUUUCUACAGUCAAGGGAGUCCAGCUAGACCAGACAGACAGCAUCUUCUACUCCGAGUUCAACACAGGAAGCAAUCCCAACUGGCAAAAUGAACUGAUUGAAACAGGAUGUUUUAGAGAACUGAAUGUUUUUGGCCCUGAGGGAUCUCGUUCUCCAGACCUGGACUGGUCCCAGGUACCUGAGCCCCCUAAACGCGGCCUACUGCGCCGAAUCUUCCACAAACAUGUAAGAACAAGAACUGUUCUCGGCAACCCCUCAGAUUCAUCAUAUGGAAGCAGAGAGAACUUGUUGUCCAGCGAGGGUUACACAGUGUCAAGAAUACACAACUCCACCCACAAUCCCAGCACAGACUCAAAAGGCGCUAAAAACAAAUGGCCAGCAAAGGGUUCUUCCCUUUAAAUCACAGCAUAGUGAUUUGUGUUUGUAUUCUCAUUUCUCUUACAG